CUUAAUUAAUCUAGAUCUGACUCAGCAGAAAUGUCUGCAAGGAAAGCUGUAAUCUUUGAUGUCGGUGGUGUACUCAUCAGAGCACCUCAGCUGGCCAUAGCUGCUUACGAGGAGGAGCUAGGUCUACCCAAAUCUACCUGCUUGUAGGGGCCUCAUUGUUCGUGCUAUGGUGAGCGGCUCUGACAAUGCAUUCAGUCGUCUGGAGAGAGGAGAACUGACGUUGUCUCAAUUUGUCCCAGUGUUUGAGCGAGAGGUGUGUGGGGUUGCCAGGUCAAAGGGGGUGGAGCUCAAAAGUGGUUUCUCAGCGCUGGAGCUAUUCAGGAAGAUCAAUAAUAACUAUCAGCCUUGUGUGGAGAUGCUGGAGGCUGCAACUAGAGUUAAGCAGAGAGGCCUGAAGACAUGUAUUGUGACCAAUAAUUGGAUUGAUGACAUCUUCUCUGUCUCCCUCGCUUUUCCUUCAGAGAUGUUCGACUGCAUCUUGGAGUCCUCCAAACUGGGCAUGAGGAAACCUGACCCUGAUAUCUAUCGUCUGGCUUGUGUGAGGCUGGGUGUCUCCCCACACGAGGUGGUAUUUUUGGAUGACCUGGGAGUGAACCUGAAGUCAGCAAGGAAAUUGGGAAUAUCCACUAUAAAAGUUUCUGACCCAUCAACAGCAGUCAAGGAGCUAGAGACUGUACUAGGACUCAAAUUAACUAGAUCUAGCAAGCUUUGAAUUUUAUAAUACAGUGUAUGCACCUUUUUACAUACCAUAAUUAUAGUUAAGUCCGUAUGAUA